AUGGUUCUUGUAUCCAGAGAUAUUCGCACCUGGGGCUGGAAGAACGUGGUGAGGGAAUUCAAAGACAUCCCAGAAAGCUAUGUCUAUGUGCAGCAGGCACUGUGGUUUGCCAUGAAGGAGUAUAACAAGGCCAGCAAAGACAAGUACACUUUCAAGGUGGUGAAAGUGCUGAAGUCCCAGGAGCAGGUUGGUUCCCAGGUCCGAGUGACUCACAGCUGGAGGAUGAGCGAUGAGGGAAAAGGCAUAGAAAGUUAUUUCCUUGCCACCGUGGAGUAUGCCUUACACAUAUUCAACGUGAAGAGCAAGGACACGAAUGCCUACAGGCUGGUGAGCAUCCUGGACUCCCAGAGGGAGAAGGUAGAGACCCUGAUGGCUUUCUCCAUGGAGCUGAAGCUUCGCAGAACCAGGUGUGGGAAAUUUGAUGAAGACAUUGACAACUGCCCCUUUGAAGAAAACCCCGAGCUGAACAACACCUUCAUCUGCUUCUUCACCAUCAGCAUCGAUCCCUGGAGAACAAUGUUUCAGCUCCUAAACAAGACCUGCCUGGAGGGGACCUACUGA